AUGUAUGCAACUCGACACUAUGCUCAUGAUCCUCAAACAAAUCUAAGAAAUAAUAAUAAUACCAAUAGUUUGAUAUUCGAUCGAUCGAAUUCUUCUCAAUCGUUUCCUUAUUAUUCAAAUUAUCAAUCCCCAACAUCAACUACUUAUUCAAAUGAAAGAAGUAAUGUUGGACAACAACAAUCAUCAUCGGCAAAAAAUUAUAGUUCAACGAGUUUAACUCGUUAUCCAUCAACUAACAAUCAUAUUCGCAAGACGACUAAUGGUUCUAGUGGUGGAGGUGCUAUUGAAAAAACUAAUAUGAUGUCAAGUGAAAAUCCAUUCUAUGAUCCAGCGCGUCCUUAUGAACAACUUAAUUCAUCACGUAAAAUAACAUCCGUAGUAUCUCCACCAAAAAGUAAUACUGGUAUAAAUAAAUCAUUAAAUCUUUCUGAUGAAAAUCCAUUUCAUGCUGUCUACGGUGUUUAUCGUUAUCCAUCACAAAUUGAUCCAUCCAAAAGAAUAACAAAUCAAACUGCAAAUAUUCGUUCAACCGAUAAUAAGUCAUUAAAUUUGUCUGAUGAUAAUCCAUUUCAUUCAACAUAUGGACGUUAUCAUUAUCCAUCACAAGUUGAUCCAACAAAACGUAUUACUGAAUUACCUAAACCAACGGUACCAUUAAUUCCAACAAAUGAUUUAUCUGAUGAUAGCCCAUUUAGUACUUAUCGACCAUCAUUAAUUCGUGAAUAUUCAACAAAUGGCGUUGGAAAUGGAUUAAAUUCGUUAACAACAUCAAUUGCUGAUUGGACACGAAAUAAUCCAGCACCACUUUCUUAUCGACCUAUUCAGGUACAUAGACCACCAUCAGAUUUUUAUAGCCGUAAUGAAUCAUCAAAUAAAUCAUCCUAUGUUCCACCAGUAAGUCCACCUCGGCAACAACGACAAAUAUCACCACCACCACCGCCACCACUACUGUCAACACGUACAAAUUCUCAAACUCAAAAAAUAAAUUCAUCAGCUCCAUUAGAUAAAACAUCAUUAAAUAUGAGUCCUGAUAAUCCAUUUGCUGAAACUUAUGGUCGAUAUUAUUAUCCAUCACAGGAACAAAUUAAAGCACAAAAACGAACAAAUGAACGUAAUACUCGUUUAACAGAACAACAAUCUUUUACUGAAAAUAAUCGACCAACACAAAUAACGAAUCAAAUGACAGAGAAUCCUGAAACAGAAAAGAAAGACAUCAAUUCAGGCAAAGGAAAUAAUAAAUUUACACGAUUUGAUGUUACUUUUUAA